UUGUGCUCGACUUCGGUACGUUCAAAAUGAAUUUGAAACUUUGUCGUCAGUACAUUUUUCUUGUAAUUAAUUUUACAUUAUUGUGGCCUGUUUCCAAUGCUACGAAAGAGUACUCGUCCUAUCACCGAUAUCCACUAUGCAAACCGUGUGAUUACAUAAGAUAUCCGAAGAGCACUAACGAUGUUGUGAAAAUCGUAAAAGAAGCAAUCAGUAAAAAGGUAACGGUAAAAGCGUUUGGUGUUAGACAUUCCCAAACGGACAUCAUCUGCACAGAAGGAAUACCUGUGGAUAUGACCGGAAUUCGAUCCAUGAAAAUGAACGGCGAUAAUACGGCUUCGUUCGGCGCUGGUUUGAAUAUGCGAGAGGCUACUACAUUUUUGCGUUUACACGAUCGUGCGUUUAGAACUACACCUGCGUUCGGUAAUAUAACAAUUGGUGGAGCGAUUGGCACUGGCGCACAUGGUUCUUCAAUAAGGUACCACGCUUCUAUUUCUUCUCAGGUAGCUAAAUUGAAAAUUGUCGACGGAAAGGGUGAGAUAAAAGAGAUAACUGAUCCAGAGGACUUGAAAGCGUUCAGAAUGCAUCUGGGUCUACUAGGAAUUGUCGUUGAGGUAACACUCAAUACGGUUGCAUUGUACAAAACCCUCGCUCACAACUAUGUUGUGACCGACGAAAUACUAACAAACGGGAAUGCAGUGCAUAUGGCAAAGAACACAGAUCAAAUAUCUCUUUACUGGUUCCCAGAAUUUAAAGAAGUUGUGGUAGCCAAUUGGACAAUUGUGGAUAAAUCAACUAAAGGGACUGACUACACGAAUGAUCAUGUGCCGUCCAUGUAUAAUAAUUUCGCUCUAGUUGCUUCUGUGGCUAAAGAAAUUGCGUUUACGCUUACCGAGAGCAAAUGUUCCAUAGCUAGCACACUGGGGUAUACGCUACUUCACCUAUUUGAAUAUUUCAUGGAAUUGGUUUUAUUUUUGCCUAUACCUGACUGGGUACCAAUUUAUGCGACGCAACAAGGUCGCUUUAAAAACCCAUCCGUCGGUUAUUAUGACGAAAUGUUUGCUCCUAUAUGUUACAAUGAACCUCAAGGAAUUCUCGGAACUGCCUGCAUUUGGUCUCAUGGCUCAAAUAGCAUAACGAUCUUGGAUAACGAAUUUAGUCUUGAAUUGAGUCGAUUGGGAGAUUUUGUAAAGGCGGUCAAAGCGAUUGUGGCGAGAACUCCUACUGCGUUUCCGGUGCAAGGGAUCUUGAUGAGAUUCUCCGACCGAUCAGAUAUCUUAAUGUCCACAUCAUAUGGUAGGGUGUCAGUGCAUUUCGAAUUUUAUUUAUGGAACAGAGACGAUAUCUAUGGACGUGCAUCUGGUAGUUUGGCCGGUUAUCAAACCAUUCUACAAACUUUGACGAAAGAAUUCAGUGGCCGAUCACACUGGGGUAAAAGUGGCAUGGUAUAUCACAGCAGCGACAUGAUCGACUUAAAAUUGGAUGAAACUGCUAGACAAAAGUUUGUGGGCGUCAUGACUAAAUACGAUCCGAACGAGGUUUUUAUUAACAAUUUCGGCCGUCGUAUUAAGCGAACUGGAAAGAAAAUCGACAUCGAUCCGUUAACACGACAUUGUGCCAUAUUGGACAAUUGUUUCUGUUCAGUGAACUCUGACUGUGCAUCGACUCAGAUAUGCACAAAACUUCCCGGCUACGUCUAUAACGUUUGCAAAACCAAAAACGAGGUUGCCCCCGUUACUUUCGACCGAAGUAUAUUUGGGCCGCCCUUCGGUUUUCUGUCGUACCUAGUAUCCGAUGUUCCUACUUUGGUUAAAUCUGUCAUUUCGAAUUGUUCACUCACGGACGCACUUGGAACUGUUGUUUCACUAGUUCCCAGUAUCGUUUCGGUCGAUAAAGCGCUACAAAGUGCUGGUACUUUAGGUAAACAACUAGGGAAGCUAUCAUCAUUGACCGAUGUGGUUGGAGCAGUAGAUGAUGUGUUGGACGGUCUUCUACACAAAUAAAUUCAAUAAAUAAUUAUUAACUGGCAAUCGUUCGUCAUUGCUGUUAUUCAAAUUAGUCGUCAAAUAAUAAGCGACACAUUUUUUUCCAUAUGCAGGUUAUUGUACAAACAAUCAGAAUAGGUAGCAAACCACACUUAUUGACGAAUUUGGAAAAUUUAUCACAACUGAAUCAAUUUGCUAAUAUUAAAGAAAAUAAAUGAAAUUCUUGG